UGGCUCCUGGGCGCAGGCUCGGUCACUGCAUUGGCAUAUUUCGCAGUACGACUUGUACACCACCGUUCAAAGUAUCGUGAUCUGCCAUGCCCGCCACAUUCGAUGAUUUGGGGCCAUCUGAAGAUCAUUGGCGAGUACGUUCAGAAACUGCCCCGGGGAUCACACUUGCAGUCAGUCGUCUCGGAGCUCAAAGCCGACUACGAUCUCCCCGAUGUCUUUUACAUCGACCUCUGGCCACUUGGCCCGCAAUUCAUCUUCUGCCUCUCUCCCGAGGCCUGCGCUAUCCCGACAACUGAGAACACGUUUGAUAUGCAUGAAGAGGUCACCAAAUUCUUAAAAGGUAACGUUGGCGCCAGUUUUAUCGAAGGGACAAACGGACCUCUCUGGAAGCAUCUGCAUCAGACGCUCGCGCCUGGACUUACCCCAAGUAUUAUAAGAGGAAAUCAUGGCUCUAUUAUCGAGCAGGCCGCAGCUCUUCGCCGUCGCUUCUCGGAUAUAGCCGAGUCUGGCAAGGUUACUGAUAUACGCUGCGAGCUUGGCUACUAUCCAUUCCAAGUGAUGGUAAAGAUUCUCUUGAAUGAAACGCUUAGCGCGCAAAUCUACGACGACGUCAAGAGCGCCAUCGACCUCCAGGGAAAAAACAAUGCUACAAACAACCCGUUUGCGAAGUGGCGCAUUGGCAGGGAAGCGAAGCAGCUGUGGACCCGUGUAGAGACGGCCAUUGAGCCGAAAAUAAGGGCUCGAUUUACUGCCCUUGAACAGCAGGAUGUUGCUCCAACCAAGAGCAGCGUCACAUGCCUAUUGGAUAGGAUGAUGCUAUCAGAGGUUCAAAGCGGACGUCCUUUAGGGGACAACAUGUUGAGGAUAAUGCUCGACAACGUGAAUGGCUUAUUGGCCGCGGGAUAUGGUACCACUUCGGAUGCGUCAACGUACAUAUUGAUGCUUCUCAGCGUGUUCCCAGAUGCGCUUCAGAAGCUACGAGAGGAACACGACCGCGUCUUUGACAAGGACCAUGACAAGACAGUCCAGAUGCUGCAAGAGCAGCCUGGGCUCAUCAAUAAUCUAGCAUAUACUACGGCGGUCGUCAACGAGACACUGAGACUAUUCACCGUAGGCUUUAGUAUUCGCGCGGCGCCAUCUAGCAUGCCGACCAUGGAAUACAAGGGGCGAUCAUAUCCCCUGAAAGACCACCUCGUCUCCAUUUCCCAGCAGACAAUGCAUUACGACUCCAAGUUCUUUGAUGAGCCGACACUAUUCAAGCCAGAGCGCUUCAUGUCGGCAGAACCAAGCUUCCCCCGCAACGCAUACCGGCCCUUUGAAAAGGGUCUGCGAUCUUGUCUCGGCCAGCCGCUGGCCUUGGACGAGAUGAAGAUUCUGCUUGUCAUGGUGGCGCGCUGGUUCGACUUUGAACUCCGAGACCACAAUCCCUCGGAGAAGCCAAAAUAUUCGUAUACCGACCUGGAUACGAAGCUGGGCGACCAUGCUAUUCAGUCUUGGGCUUUUACGGCGGGGCCGGCUGGCAGAGUCAUGAUGAAGGUU